GGGGGAUAAAUGCAGUAUGCAGGCAGGAUUUAGACUUUUUUUUUGAGUGAGCGUCGCCGCAAGAAGGCUGCCUCUUACUUAACUCCCUCCUCUCGCUCUUGCUCUCUUUCUUCCCCACACCCCCCUUCCCCACUGCAUACCACCCCUUCUCGUUACCCAUCCUUACCGAAUCAUGACUGAAGAGGAGCCCGUCGUCAUUGUCGGCGGCGGCCUGGCUGGGCUUGUGGCCGCGUACGAGAUCACAAAGGCGGGUAAGAAGGUCAUCAUCGUCGACCAGGAAAACGAGGGAAGCCUGGGUGGGCAGGCGUUCUGGUCCCUGGGCGGCCUCUUUCUCGUCGACAGCAAGCAGCAGCGAAGGAUGGGCAUCAAGGACUCCAAGGAGCUCGCCAUGCGCGACUGGAUGAACUCGGCGGCCUUUGACCGGCCCGACGACGAGGACUACUGGGCCAAGCAGUGGGCCGAGGCCUUUGUCAACUUUGCCCACGACGGCUUCAGGGACUAUCUCGACGAGGUCGGCCUCAGCAUCAUGCCCAACGUCGGCUGGGCAGAGCGAGGCUCGAUGAAUGCCGAGGGCCAUGGCAAUUCGGUUCCGCGCUUCCACAUCACCUGGGGCACGGGCCCCGAGGUCGUCCGCGUGUUCCGCGAACCGGUCCUCGAGGCGGCCAAGAAGGGCCUCGUCGACUUCCGCUUCCGACACCGCGUCGACUCGAUCCUCAUUGGCGAAGGAGGGAGAGCAACGGGUGUGAGCGGGACUGUGCUGGCGCCUUCGACGGCUGAGCGCGGUGUCUCAACGGACCGAAAGGCCCUGGACACGUUCACCAUCACGGGCCGCGCCGUCGUCGUCUCGUCGGGCGGCAUCGGCGGCAACGUGGACCUGGUGAGGCAGAUGUGGCCGACCAAGCGACUGGGCAGGGCGCCGAGGAAGGUUGUCGUGGGUGUACCCGCCCACGUCGACGGCAGGAUGCUCAAGAUCUCCGAAGACGCGGGCGCCAACCUCGUUAACCAGGAUCGCAUGUGGCACUACACCGAGGGACUCACCAACUGGGACCCAAUCUGGCCCAUGCACGGCAUCCGCAUCAUCCCAGGCCCGUCGUCGCUCUGGCUCGACGCCACGGGUAAGCGGCUCCCCUCGCCGUGCUUCCCGGGGUGCGACACCAUGGCAACGCUCAAGGCCAUCCUCGACACGGGCUACGACUACACCUGGUUCCUCCUCGACCAGUCGAUCAUUGCCAAGGAGUUUGCCCUCUCGGGCUCGGAGCAGAACCCCGACAUCACGGGCAAGUCGCUGUCGCUCCUCAUCACCAGCCGACUCUUCUCGGGUGGCAAGGGCACCGGCCCUGUGCAGGCGUUCCAGAACAAGGGCGCCGACUUUGUCGUGCGUGACACCUUCGAGGAGCUCGUCCAGGGCAUGAACGAGCUCGCAGCGAAGCAAGAGGGCAACGAGGCUCCGCCGCCGCUCGAGUACGCCGCUCUCCGGAAGGUCGUCGAGGACCGGGACAGCCAGGUGGACAACCCCUAUACAAAGGACGCGCAGCAGAUGCUCAUCAACAAUGGCCGCGCCUACUGGCUGGACAGGUUGACGCGCAUCGCAAAGCCCCACAAGCUGCUCGCUCCCGGCAACGGCCCCUUGAUUGCUGUACGUAUGAACAUCGUGACGAGAAAGACGCUGGGCGGCAUCCAGACGAACCUCAAGGGCCAGGUCAUUGGUCAAAAGAGCAGAGAGGAAGUCGUACCGGGGCUGUAUGCGGCCGGCGAGGUGUCUGGCUUUGGAGGCGGCGGCGUCCACGGCUGGGGUGCGCUCGAGGGCACGUUUUUGGGCGGGUGCAUCUUUGGAGGACGCGCCGUCGGCCGCACCCUGGCUGCGCUGUAAGCGAGCGGCUCCUACGAUUUCCCCUUUUCUGUAUGGCGGCGUUGCCCCCACUCAAUGUUAUUAACGGCCCGUGCAUAUCCCUGAUCUCUCUCGCUUGAGACUGAGUGCGCGGGUGAAUUGAGUGCGCGAGACAAAGUUUGGCGUCGACUAUCGGGGCGCGGGCCGCUACAUGCUUCGCCGCGCUUGUUGUGUGUGCCUUCCCUGCUCCCUUUUAUCCUCCCUUGGUUUCCCCCUCUUGCAGUCCCAUUCUCUUUCUCUCUCUCGUAU